UUGAGUCCAAGUAUGACAUUGCUACGGGAUCGCUGUUCCAAAUGCUUUGAAUGUGGGAUACGUUUUUCUGAAUACAGCAAGAGGUGAGGAGUUCAGUCCAUCAUGUAGAGCUAUAAAUUCAGAGCAUAGGUGACGCGAAUUGUGGCCUAGUAGCCUUGGGCGUAUAAACAGAGUGGUAUUGCAUGAAUAAAUGGUGACCUUGGCAUGGCAGGGAGACGCCAAUAGCGCCUGCUUGCCAAUCCAGCUUGCAAAUCAACGAAGCAAGUAAUUGGGAGUCAGAGGUAACAUGAAGACCUAUCUCGUCACUGACGCCUACUAUUUCGCGAACCGCCAAAAACGGAUAAUGUUGGUAUUCUCAGAGCCUCCUCUCCACAGUUCGCGCCAUCGCGCUUGACACGUAUCCCAUCAACCCGCAAUACUGCUUCCGCUGGCGCGCGACAUAAAAAUUAGUCAUUCACGUUCGUAGACUAUCGGGGAAUGUUUGGUGUACAUGGAUCUCGCUCUCCUUUAGCCCAAUGGAGACUGACGUCUUGCGCUGUUGGGUCGGUCGCAUAGGACAAGUUAUGAGUUAUAUUAAUUGAAUGCAUGUCCCUUGAGGGCUGAAGUCCUCGACGUUCAAGGAAUUCGUCAAUCACCUCCUACAUCGCAAUUAUUCAUAUUCAUCCCAAUCAACUCAUACAUAUCCGAUAAGAUGGCAUCUCUAGCUUUCCUUGCCGAGAAGAACAUCUCCUACUUCACCAUACCGGUGGCGUUUUUUGCUGCCCUUUGGCCCCGAAGCCAGUCCGCUUUCAAGGAGCCUGGCAAGAGUUAUUUCGACGCAGCCCACCCCAGAACUUUUGCAUCUAGGCUAGAGAAGUCCGAUUUGGACAAGGACACCGUUGCCCAAAUCUUGCGUGCUGAGGCCGCUACUUCUAAUGGCCUGGAGGGUCUUCCCAUCUUCGCUGCUGCUGUCGUCGCUGGUAACAGCGCCGGUCUCAGCCCCUUGGCCCUUAACGCGCUGAGCGUCGGUUACAUCGCCAGUCGCAUCGUCUACAACUACGUGUACAUCUUCCUGGGCGGCAACCGCAACUUAGCUGGUCUUCGCACCCCAAUCUGGUUCAUUGGUAUUGGCCAGGCUAUGGCUCUGUUCGUCAAGGCCGGCCUUGCUAAGCUAUAAACGAUCGCACCUGUUUCUAUAUAUGUAUGUUAAGCUGUGCAAAUGGGGUAUGAUCUAUAGAUGGCUUUUGGGAGUUCGUGGUCAGUUAGUUGUGAUACAUCUCAUGCGAAGCCUUUGAUUUUAUUGAUCAAUGAUUCGGUCCAAUUUCUGCAUAAGAACCACAAGCUGGGAACGAUCAUGAAGUGAUUUUCAAAUUACAGAGAACACGGGACUCGAGUCACUUAAAGAGUCACAGGAUCUGUUUCAAACCAAGUGCACUAUUUUGCCACCUAAAAGUCGAUUGCAAUCUAAGUUCGAAGUUGACAUACGACCUGAGACCGGCAAGUAUGUUCGAGAUCCCACCUUUCAAGAGCACGAGCCUUGAUACCCGCGACAAUGUGACUAAAAAAGGAUUUGAAUGCAAACAUAUAGAAUCGAUGGAGCGCGCAGUAUAACGAUGAGAGCAUCGGCUCUGUUGGCUGUUUGUAGAGUUAAGCAUAAAUACUAGUACAUUAAGUGACGUUUCGGAUAGAGGGGCUGUCAGUCUUUGGCCGAUGCCGCUAAUCUAACCUUUACGAUUGAUUUUUUUUUUUUUUUUU